AUGUCGCCCACGAGCAAGGAUAAGCCGAGUGAUGAGGAGAUCCACAACGAAGACUCCGAAACGCUACGAUCGCUGUCGAAGUUAAAGCUUCAAAUUCCCUCUCAAGGCGUUUUACUUUCACCGCGAGGAACACCUGUUUCGUCUCCGCAUAACACUGGCACGUAUACUGCCGACCAGAUGCUAAAGAUCCAAACCGAUUUAAACAAUGGUGUGCCCGUCGAAGCUAUUGGUAAGUUGGACGCGACUCCCGAACAGGUGCCGACAAAGAAAACUGUCAAAUCGAGUCCCGAUGAGCAGCCUCAAAGGACGCCGUUGCUCAAAACACCAAGCUUUCAUUAUAUCACCAAUGGUACCGGACCCAUCAGCUCUAGAUCCAGUCGAGGAAGCAACAAUUACCAAAAGUUACGCACCCUUUUUUCGAACCAAAGCAAUGGCUCUUCAGGACCUAUGUCUGCGACCGUCGAAGGCGUGCGUCCCCAUUCAUCCAUAUUGCGGUCAAACUUGAACACAAAAUACUCACAGCAGUACCAGCAACAGGAGAUGUUGUAUCUGAACGGUAUCAACAAAUUCAAAAACAGGUAUAAGGUGAACGACGAUUACUAUAACAAAUCGGUGGAUAUCGAGGAUGACGAUGAUCCAGCGGAAGUUACAGUGGAUGAGGAUCCAGAGGCCCUUAAAAUACAAGACAAACUUGAGGAGUUCCAAGAGGACCUGAGUCAAGAUGAUAGCAAGGAAUUCAAGGCGUUGAAAGCUUUGAGUCAUCAGGUGGGAAUGACCAGUAAUGAGUGGGAAAAACCAUCAGAGUAUCGACUGGACUCCACGGUUCUUCUCGAUAUACUGAAUCAAAGCGAUGAUAUACAGUUAAAGCACACCGAUGACAAUGCUGCCAUCUUGGAACGUCUUGAGUGGCAAUCUCUUCUGCAAUCCGUUCUCACUGGUGACGUCUUGACGGGAGAAAAGACAAAGUUGAUCAAGCCACUCAAUGAAGUGGAAGGUGAAAGUUACUUGCGCGCCUCGUACAAAGAGGAUCUUUGGAUAGGGAUACGGUCCAAACUCUUCGGUAGAACAGAAGAAGACCAGAAAAGACUUGUGCAAUACCACAGGGGCCUUGUUGAUGAAAUUCUUGACGAAAUCAUGAAUUUCAGACUGGAAAUGCCAGAAGAAAUCCAAAACUCGCCUUAUAUCACACAAGUCAGGUUUGGAUUUGACAAAGUCAACGAUUUACUUAAUAGGUAUGAACGUUGUCAGGAACUUUGGAGGGCUCAGAAGGAGAUGGAAAAUGAAAAACCUUUGUGUGGAACACCUGAAUUCACGUCCCGCUUGCACGCACUUAUCGCAUGGACCUCAAUUACGUGUGCUAUCGAGCGAGAAUCUGAUGUGUUGAAGAAAUGGGUUGGCAACGACGAUCUCGAUAUUCUAAGGUCUCCUGGUCCUUCGUCUGCAGGUAGCGAACUUCCAGAACCGGAAUACCAAGAUGAUCAAGACCACUCAGACAGCGAGACCAGUUCCAGCAGGAAUAAGAAUGGAAACAUAUUCAAGGAAGACAGGUCUUUUGUGGAAAGAAUCAUGAAAGAGAAAGACAUUGAAGACUUAUUCAACAAGAGAUUAUUUGCUAGCUGUGCACAUUGGACUUUUAAAGCGAAAGAGUCGUAUCUUGAGUACCAGCAAUAUUUUGAAAAGCUAAAUCUUCCCUCUUAUGUUGACUCUCUAUUGGUCCUCGCAAUGUUCCCAUCCAAGUUGAUGAAAGAAUUAGUAAACACCAGACUCUCAUACGCCAAAAAAUUGAGAAAUCCCACAAUGAUGAUGAUUGAUCAAGUUCUUGAGGAUUUCAAACUGUACAUCACUCUCGCGCUAGAGAUCCGCACAUCAUUCCUCGAAUACUGUUCUCCUCGUGAAGGCUGGAUAUCAUCGCUGGACUACCAAGACGCAGAUUUCGACAACGCUAUUUUGGAGUGUGUUCAUCACUAUCUAUUGUUGUUGAACAGAAAGUUAUUGGAUUCUCCAAAGUCAUCAAAAUCGUUCAGAACAUUUAAAGAACCAGAAGAACUCGAACGCGAAUGGUCCUUCCUUCAAAACCUUGGAUUUUACAUUGAAGGCGGCUCUGCAGAGGUUGCAACCCAAUUCAGCAUACUAACAUCUAAGCUCGUCGCUAGGCUACAUCAAUACAUGCAACAACAGUUCCAGGGACCUCCUUACGAUGGCACUCCGUUGGACAAGCAUAAGAUGGUCAGAUGGUAUACGUCGAUGAUGGAGAACUUUGGUCAACUGAAGAGAAAGUUCUUCCGUUUCCAUGCGAUUCUCAACUUUUAUUUCCAAAACUCCAUAUUGUACAAUUUGAAUGGUGCGCGCAUGAAGAAAUUCUUGGAUAUGCUGAAAGAAAGUAACCAUGUUCUUUAUCACAACGCGCAGUUGGCGGAGGAAGGUGUCUACGUUUUUGCAUCGGAAUCCAUUGCGAGUAAGCCAUACGAGGUUUCUCGCAUCUUAAAGAGUUCGCAUCUUGGUGUUGAUUUCAGCAAGAUACCUAAAAGACACAUGGAAGCUGCGGAAAAUUAUACUUACUAUGCUGAGCCUAUUUAUGCUGAAGCUGAACACUUCGGCGAGAACCAAAAUGAGUUUGAUGAGAGCUAUGAUUACGUUCUAGUGGUUUAUCCCGCCAAAGCGAUGAUGUGGGACGGUAUUGUUCUGCCACUAGAUCUCACCUCCCUACCUCUAGGCAACCUUGACAAAGGAAAAGUUUUGUUAAUUUCCAAGGGUGGCUCUUCGUCCAAGGUUGAUGAUUGUGCAAACUGGUUCAAGGAAUGUGUGGGGAAUACUAUAGGUUCAGCAGUUGGCAAAAGAUGCUCUUUGCCAAAAGUGCAAAGAGAACUUCAAGUCAUAUCAAAGCAAUUUUUCAGAAUGUCGUGCUUUGUCAUUGAUGCCGUGCCUUCCGUGAGAAAUCAAUGUCGAGGAAUAGCGGAUACGCAAGAGCUGGCAAAUACCGUGUUCACAUACAUUCGUGAUUCAGGCCGCGAUUUCCUGAGGACGUUUGACAAUGCUCGAAAAUCUGUACUCAUCUUGAAGCUGCUCCAGUUCGCUAUCGAGUGGUUGAGUUUUAUUGUGGAUGAUUGUAUACCCACAGACCCUAAGACAUUCAGAUGGUGUGUUUCUGCUUUGGAGUUUGCCAUGGAUAUUACGACCGGAUUCAAUAUUCUAACUCUAGACAGCGAGAAAUUCUACAGACUGAAGGACAAAGUUGCAGGGUGCAUGUCUUUACUCAUAUCCCAUUUCGAUAUUAUGGGAGCCAGAACCAAGGAAAUGCAGAAAAAAAGAAUGCUCAACUACCAGUCCAUUUCAGAAAAAGACUUGUUUACGCUUGAUGACGAAAGCCUAAGCUCAUUGAGAGAACACAUUAUGUACCAAAUUGGCCGUUUGGAGGAAGAGAGAAGAUUGCUACAAGUCGAGCAACAAUCUGUUGGCCGUGUCCUCGAUGAUACGGAUACCGACAACCAGUUCCUGACAUACCUUGCCUCCUCCUUCUCAUCAGUCUCCAUCAGGUGGCAGAAAGGAAAAUUCUUGGGUGGUGGAACUUUUGGUUCAGUUUACGCAUCAAUUAAUCUGGAUACUGGAGGAGCUUUAGCGGUGAAAGAAAUCCGGUUCCAGGACAGACAGUCUAUCAAAUCCAUUGUGCCGGCCAUCAAGGGUGAGAUGACUGUGCUGGAAAUGUUGUCGCAUCCAAAUAUUGUUCAAUUUUUCGGUGUUGAAGUUCAUCGCGACCGUGUUUACAUUUUCAUGGAGUAUUGCAGCGGUGGAUCUUUGGCAAGUUUGUUGGAAUAUGGUCGUAUUGAGGAUGAGUCUGUUAUUCAACUCUAUACACUUCAAAUGCUUGAAGGUCUUGCUUAUCUCCAUCAAUUUGGUAUUGUGCAUAGAGACAUCAAACCGGAAAACAUACUUCUGGACCACAUGGGUGUCAUCAAAUUCGUUGAUUUUGGAUCUGCUAAAGUGAUUGCAAUGGCUGCACACGGUAACACCUCCAAUACCACAGGUGGCUCAUCCAGCAGCGGAGGCAACGGCAGUGGUUCCGGCACUGCCACUUUGAACUCGAUUCUCCAUUCUGGACGCAAAACGCAGGCGUUGACUGGCACGCCGAUGUACAUGUCGCCGGAAACUAUCAGAGGCGAAACCAUUGGCAAGUUUGGUGCCAUUGAUAUCUGGUCGUUGGGAUGCUGUUUGUUGGAAAUGGCUACCGGAAGACGGCCAUGGGCUAAUUUGGACAACGAAUUUGCCGUGAUGUAUCAUAUUGCUGCAGGACAUCUUCCUCAAUUCCCAAGCAACGACCAAUUAAGCAUUCAAGGACAGCACUUCCUGGCGAAGUGUCUGGAUAUUGAUCCAACAAAGCGUCUUACUGCGGUGGAGCUUCUACAGGAUCCAUGGAUUCAAGCUAUCCGGAAUGAAGCAUUUAGUGAUUCGAGCAAUAGCUCGACUACGGAGCUCUCAGGAGAGCACACUCCAGUAUAA